AUGGGUGAAGAAAAUGGAGGAGGAAGAUCCUUGGCUGAAACCCCCACUUGGGCUGUCGCCACUGUCAUCACUCUUUUGGUUUUUCUUAGUUUCUUGUUUCAAGGCACGUUAAAAAAAUUGGUUAAGUGGUUGGACAAAACUAAGAGAAAAUCUCUGCUUUCUGCUCUGGAAAAGAUCAAAGAAGAACUAAUGCUUUUUGGACUUCUGUCAUUGCUGAUGGGUCAUUGGAUUCUUUUUGUGGCAAAGAUUUGUGUUAAGUCAUCGGUAUUAAGCAGUAGAUUUUUUCCGUGUGCAAUGGAAAAGAAUUCUGGAACAGUGAAACGUAUUUUAUGGUCGAAUUUAGAAUAUUUAAAUAAAACAGUUCCCAAAGAGCAAGUGAACAAUGGCCUCCACAAUUUUUGUCCUGAGGGUCAUGAAUCAUUGGCUUCUUAUGAAAGCCUUGAGCAGCUUCAUCGCUUUGUGUUUGUUCUUGGAAUCACCCAUGUUUCCUACAGCUUUGUUACUGUUGCCCUGGCUAUUAUCAAGAUAUAUAGCUGGAGAACAUGGGAAAAUGAAGCAAAGACUAUGGCUGUACAAAGCUUACAAGAUACUUCACAAAGUACAUCAAGCAUGAAACUGAGGCGGCUUGGUACUUUCAUCUUUCACCGCACAUCCCACCCUUGGAGUCAUCACAAAAUUCUUGUUUGGCUGCUAUGUUUCAGCCGCCAAUUCUGGAGUUCUAUCCACCGAGCUGAUUAUAUGGCACUGCGCUUAGGCUUCAUUACUAAUCAUGAACUUCCUCUAACGUACGAUUUCCACAACUACAUGCUCCGAAGUAUGGACGAGGAAUUUCGUGACAUAGUUGGUGUUAGUGUGCCUCUCUGGAUAUAUGCCAUAUGCUGUAUUUUUCUAAAUUUUCACGGUAACAACUUUUACUUUUGGCUUUCCUUCGUUCCAGCAAUGUUGAUCCUCAUAAUUGGUACUAAAUUGCAUCGAGUAGUGGUAAAGUUGGCUGUUGAAAUAAUGGACCGAUGCCCAUACAUGAAACAUCAUUCAUUUAACUUAAGAGAUGAGCUCUUUUGGUUUGGAAAGCCAAGGCUUCUGUUACGGUUAAUACAAUUGAUAUCCUUCUUGAAUGCAUUUGAAAUGUCAACAUUCUUAUGGUCCUUGUGGGAAAUUAAAGAUCCUUCAUGCUUCAUGAACAACCGAACGUUUAUUGUGAUCCGCUUGUCAUUCGGGGUCAUCUCCCAAGUAUGGUGCAGCUUUAUAACGUUCCCUCUCUAUGUUAUCAUCACACAGAUGGGAUCAAGAUUCAAGAAGUCUGUGAUAUCUGAAAAUGUAAGAAAAUCACUCUCUAAAUGGCAGAGAAGAGUGAAGGAGAAGGACCGGCAAAGUCCCUCUCAUGCACUACUUAAUCCUACAUCAACAACAUCAUUGGGUUCUUUGCUAUAUGGAAUGGACAAAUCAAACUCCCAAAUCACUGAGAAAGGAAGUUCCUCAGGGACUAAAGACAUUUGUCUCUAUCAUCAUCUUAAUGAUGAUGUGUCAGAGACCCAAAGAAAUGCAGCAUUUCCAAGUUAUGAAGAUGAUCAUCAUCAUAAUGCAAAUGAUGAUUCUUCUAUCCCUCCUUUCUCUUGA